UGACAGACUCCUGCAGGUGUCAUUUCAAGCUACAGCUGAGCUGAGAGCAAUGAAUCCUGCUUACCCACCUCAAAACUACGCAGCUGAUACUGUUCCUUUGCAGGGGACAUUACCCCCUGGAGCACCUGGACAACCUCAGAAUUCUACAGUGCUUCAGUACACCACUGUGAACAUCAACUCUGAGCCCCCCAAGGACCACAUCAUCUGGUCAAUCUGCAGCCUUGUCUACGGAAACCCAUGUUUUCUUGGACUAGCAGCUCUCAUCUUCUCUGUCAAGGCCAGAGAUCGGAAGAUGGUUGGAGAUCUGAAUGGUGCCAAACACUACGGUGCCACUGCUCGCUGCCUCAACAUCUGGGCCACAGUCCUGCUCUCCCUGAUAUUCCUUAUUUUCUUCAUUGUAGUCAUCGUUACAUCUGUAACGGCGGCUAAUGCUGUCCAUUCCUAUUCAAGCAAUAACUAUAAUUUCAGAGGAUAAAUACAUUUCUGUGUGGUGUGACUUAUCUGCCACCAUGACUUGGUAAUACUUGUUUCUGCUCUAUUUUUAUGAUAUUUUGUGCAACUUUUCCUUUUUGUAUUGAGAAAAUUGAAUUCUAUCAGUAUUGCAGAAAUCUGAAGUGGAGUUGUUGUAAAAGUUUGCUUAAACAGAUUCUUCAUAGACUUCAUGACUGCAAAAAUCCUGCAUAUCAGCCAUCGUUCUUUUUCAACAGUUUAAUCUGUCAUUAAAAUUUUCUGUGUAUAUCAGCA